AUGAUGGAUAUCUGCCGCCCAGGAGAUUCCAUCCGGGCUGUGCCAAUCUGGCGCCCCCCAUGCACGAAGAUAGCAACUGGUGCGGGAGAGCAGCCCGAAAUCCACUCCAUUGGGCGAUGGACCUGGGGUCCGAGCAAGGACAUCAAUAGGGACCGGCGGGAAACCAAGGUCCAUCUGACCCGGAAACAGCUCGGGCAGCCCAGUCAGAAGAACCCAAGCACUGAGAAGAAAGAACCAGUGCCGACCCAGGCGCCCGCGAACGACCAGGCUGGCAAGCAACGGAAGCAAAGUGCGGGAGGGAGCGCUGCCCAGAGGGGAGCCGCUGUCACCAUCCCGCAGGAGUCCAUCCGCGCCAUGGCGAGGAUCCCACUGUUCAUCACUGGUGGUGGGGACAGUAAGCGGGACUGGAUCACCCGGGGUCCAUGCAAAGAGAAGUCCAGGCUGCCUGAUGCGAAAGGGGCUGCCCCAAAAGGCCAGCUGACGAGCCUGGAGAAGAGUUUCCCAGAACCGCCCGACGGGCGAGCGGAGGCGGGCACUGGAUCAGAACAGUGGCAAACAGCGGAGCCGAAGGUGGGGCAAACAAAGAUGGGUUCGGCAGCUGAUCCGUCGCAGCUUGAGAAGGUAGCCCGGGGCCGAGGAGGCAAAGCCGAGUGCCCACCAAGCCGCAAGCCCCAGAGAGCAGGUGAGCCAACAGGGAGGGAGGAGCCCUGGACAGCCGGAAACAACAUCGCCGCUGCGAAGGGUCGUCCCUUGGCGCAGUUCCUGGUGUGGAACACCAAGGACACGUGGCUGAGAGGAGAUAGAUGGGAGCUCAGUCCAGAGUUGCCAGGCAUCGGUAACGGCUGUGACAAGGGCACACCAGCAAUGGCCGUCUGCUUCCACAAUGACAUUGACCCGCGAGGGGUCCUCCGGCAGCAAAACCAAGUGGGCGUGAUCCUGGGCGAUCCAAGGAACCGGAACCCAACGCCCAGGAUAAUGGAGGCUAAAGUCACCGUCAAAAGUAUAGUCAAGAGCGCGCCAGCGGCUGCCUGCCGGCGCGUGUCCCCGGAUGGCUCGAACAGCGGGCCGCCAGAGUAUGAAGCUGACGCGUGUGGAGACCGAAAAGUCAACAGCCCAGAUGGCGCAAUGAGGGAGUGCGACAACCAGGUCUCCAGAGCGCCAGCGCACUUCUUGGACACAGAAGUAGUGCAAGGCACUAGGAUGGAGAAGUGCCGAUCUAAGGAGGAGACCGCUAAGCAGACAAGGUGCAACUUCAGCACCCCAAUUUGGGUCGCAGGAGCGUGUCAGAGCAUUGAGCUCUCCGGUAGUCGAGGCAGUGGGCAGUCGCCCAGCCUCCUGGGGACCUGUGAAGGGACUAAGGAGGACAAUAUCAAUCUCUGUGCGGUUGGUGAGAUCAACCAGAUCGGCCUCAGCGGCUGGGGCCCGCCACGGGAAGAAACCCACACGUAUGGGCUGCUCCGGCAAAUCUGGAGCGGGAACCAUGCCCUGUCCGGCACCAACCAAACAAGCAAGGGCGAGAAGCCAGGCCCAGCUGCCAUAAAUGGCGACGGCCGAACAGCCCUCAAUGUGCAGGGCCACAGUGGCGAGACCGUAUGGGGCAACCGGGGCGACUGUGAUCUGGGAGCACCGCCCGGACAGGGAAGAAGCGAUGGGCCCAAAGCCCGCAGUGGCGAGUACCUUCCUGUUCGAUAG